AUGGCUGUCUUUUCCAAGGUGCUGGGGAGUGCGAUCUCCCUCGCCUAUGUUGUUUCGGCAUUAAACAAUGGCCUUGCUGUGACACCUCAAAUGGGUUGGAACGACUGGAAUGCGUUUCAGUGCAAUCUGGACGAGCAGUUAAUCCUCGCCACAGCCGAUGUGAUCAAGAACACCGGGCUGAGAGAUUUGGGCUACCACUACGUCAUUCUGGACGAUUGCUGGUCCUCUGGACGCUCCUCGAGCGGACAGCUCGUUGCCGAUGCGAAGAAGUUUCCCAAUGGGAUGAAGUACGUGGGUGACCAGCUUCAUGCCAGCGGCUUUGGCUUUGGAAUGUACUCGAGCGCUGGUACCAAGACGUCUCGGCAGGGAGACAACCGACGCCAACACCUUCGCCAGCUGGGGGUGGAUUAUCUGAAAUAUGACAACUGCAACAACCAAGGCGAGUCAGGGAGCCAAGCCGUCAGUUCCGCUCGAUACGAUGCCAUGGAAAAGGCACUCGCAGCAACUGGUCGCAAGAUUCUCUAUUCCCUGUGUAAUUGGGGUGAAGACUCUCCUUGGAUCUGGGGUCCCUCGGUUGGAAAUUCCUGGAGAAUCACCGGUGAUAUCACCGAUCGCUUCAACACUCAGUCUUCGACUUGCCCCGUUCCCAACUCUGGUGGAUAUGGUUGCUCCGUUACCCAGAUAUUGUCCAAACAAGCCCAGAUUGCAUCCUACUCCGGUCCCGGUGGCUGGAACGACUUGGACAUGCUCGAGGUUGGCAACGGGGGUAUGACGGACGAUGAAUAUGUGGCGCAUUUCAGCAUGUGGUCCGCCGCCAAGAGCCCCCUCAUCAUGGGCAACGACAUGCGAAAGUUAAAGGCCAGUGACUGGUCGAUCCUGGCCAACCCUGCAGUGAUUGCGGUCAAUCAAGAUCCGCUGGGCAAAGCCGCCCUCUACCGAUGGACGCACAACAACGUGCAGCUGUGGAGUGGCCCUCUGGCCUCUACCACCGGUAGUUCAGUCGAUGACAUGGUGGUCGUUCUCUACAACAACGGCGGCUCGAGUACCACCGCAUCUGCCAGUCUGGCCGACAUCUUCGGCUCUUCCAACGUGCCGAAUGGCAAGUUUGAGAUUCGUGAUCUCUGGGGAUCCCGACUCAGCAGCAGCCAAGCCCAGGCUGUCCUCAACGACGGUGCUGCCGCUCACUCGUCGUGGUUGUACAAUGCUAGUCAGCAAAGCUACAAGACCGGACUGGAGAAGGCAGACUCCAAGCUUUUGGGCACCGCGGUGGGGACCGUCUCCGGCGCCACCGGGUCCAUCUCUCAGUCCGUCCCGGCCCUGGGCUGUCGAAUGUUCCGCCUUCGCGCCGUGGGAGACUCGACCACCACCACCGCCAAGACCACGGCCACAACCACUCAAGCCGGCACGACGACCACGGCGGGAGGUCAGGGUCCUCAACAGACUCAGUAUGGCCAAUGCGGCGGUCAGGGUUGGACCGGACCCACGGCAUGUGUACCGCCGGCGACCUGCCAUUCACAGAACCGUAAGUACUAA